CUCUCAGACUACAACAUCCAAAAGGAAUCAACACUUCACUUGGUAUUGCGUCUGCGUGGUGGUAUGCAGAUUUUCGUGAAGACCUUGACUGGCAAGACCAUCACACUAGAGGUUGAGCCCUCUGAUACAAUCGAAAAUGUCAAAGCCAAGAUACAGGACAAAGAGGGUAUCCCCCCAGACCAGCAGCGAUUGAUCUUCGCCGGAAAACAAUUGGAAGAUGGACGCACUCUCUCAGACUACAACAUCCAAAAGGAAUCCACUCUUCAUUUGGUAUUGCGUCUGCGUGGUGGUAUGCAGAUUUUCGUGAAGACCCUGACUGGCAAGACUAUCACUCUUGAGGUUGAGCCUUCAGACACAAUCGAAAAUGUUAAGGCUAAAAUCCAGGACAAAGAGGGUAUCCCGCCCGAUCAGCAGCGAUUGAUCUUCGCAGGCAAACAGCUGGAAGAUGGACGCACUCUCUCAGACUACAAUAUCCAAAAGGAAUCCACUCUGCACUUGGUAUUGCGUCUGCGUGGUGGUAUGCAGAUUUUCGUAAAAACCCUGACUGGCAAAACCAUCACAUUAGAAGUUGAGGCUUCCGACACAAUUGAGAAUGUUAAGGCGAAAAUCCAGGACAAAGAGGGUAUCCCCCCAGACCAGCAGCGAUUGAUCUUCGCCGGCAAACAACUAGAGGAUGGUCGCACACUCUCUGACUAUAACAUCCAAAAGGAAUCCACUCUUCACUUGGUAUUGCGUCUUCGUGGUGGCAUGCAGAUUUUCGUAAAGACCCUGACUGGUAAAACCAUCACAUUAGAAGUUGAGCCUUCCGACACAAUUGAGAAUGUUAAGGCGAAAAUCCAGGACAAAGAGGGUAUCCCCCCAGACCAGCAGCGAUUGAUCUUCGCCGGCAAACAACUGGAAGAUGGACGCACACUCUCAGACUACAAUAUUCAGAAGGAGUCUACACUUCAUCUUGUACUCAGACUUCGGGGAGGGAUUUAACAUGUAUAUUCUGUAAGCCUUUUUCUCAUUCCUGUAAUACAUAAAGGGCAAAUAAAACAGCUUUGAUUCUCUGAA